AUGCCAAACCCCAUCGCCUUCCCUCUCCUCUUCCUUCUUGUCGCCGCUGCCUUAUUCGUCUCCUCGUCCUCCCAACCUGCUGCCUCACAACCCAGAGGGUUCUACAUAAACUGUGGGUCGGACAAGGAAGUGCAGAUAGGGAGCAUCAAGUGGAUUCAGGACGAGGGCUUCAUCGCCGUCGGCAACGUCUCCGCCAUCGACAAGCCCAACCUCCUCCCGGUCCUCGCCACCCUGCGCUACUUCCCCGACGCGACCGCCCGCAAGUACUGCUAUGAGCUCCCCGUCGUCAAGGGCACGCGCUACCUCGUCCGCACCACCUACUUCUACGGCGGCUUCGACGGCGGCACCGAGCCCCCCGUGUUCGACCAGAUCGUCGACGGCACCCGAUGGAGCGCCGUGAACACCACCGACAACUUCCGGCGCGGCAUGUCCACCUACUUCGAGAUGGUGGCAGAGGCGCAGGGGAAGACAAUGAGCGUGUGCCUGGCGCGGCGGCCCGACACCGCGUCGAGCCCCUUCAUCUCGUCGCUGGAGGUCGUCGACCUCGAGGACUCCAUGUACAACACCACGGACUUUGGCAAGUACGUCAUGAGCACCGUGGCGCGCAACCGCUUCGGCAGCAAGGGCGAGAUCGUCAGCUAUCCAGAUGACCAGUACAACCGGUACUGGGCGCCGUUCACGGACGGCAACCCGGCGGUGGAGAGCCACUCGCCGAUCUCGCCCGACGACUUCUGGAACCGGCCGCCGGACAAGGCGCUCAAGGCCGGGGUCACCGCGAGCCGGGGGAAGAAGCUCACCGUGCAGUGGCCACCGUCAGAGCUGCCCGCGGCGAGCUACUACGUGGCGCUCUACUUCCAGGACACGCGCACGGCGAGCCCCUACAGCUGGCGCGUCUUCGACGUGGCCGUGAACGGGCAGGAGUUCUUCCGGGGGCUCAACGCCUCCGCGGCCGGCGUCAUGGUGUACUCCAGCAUGAUGCAGCUGUCCGGGAAGACGGAGAUCGUGCUCACGCCUAACGAGACGUCCCCUGUCGGCCCGCUGAUCAACGCCGGCGAGAUCUACCAGAUUGUCCCGCUCGGCGGCAGGACGGCCACGAGAGAUGUGGUUGCAAUGGAAGAUCUUGCAAGGAGCCUCAAGAACCCACCUCCGGACUGGGCCGGCGACCCUUGCCUGCCGCGGAAGAGCUCAUGGACUGGGGUUGAAUGCUCCGAGGGACCGCCCGCGCGUGUCUUGUCAUUGGAUCUAAAAAAUCAUGGUCUUUUAGGAUCGCUUCCUGACAGCAUUGGAAAUUUGACUGCGAUGAAAACCAUCUAUCUAAGUGGCAACAAACUCUCAGGCUCCAUACCUGAUUUGAGCAGCAUGCGCACCCUAACUGCCUUGCGUCUUGAUGGCAAUCAGUUCAGUGGCACGAUCAAACCAUCAAUGGGAAAACUCAACAAUCUUAAGGAGCUAUACCUAAACAACAACAAUCUCUCGGGCCAGAUACCAGACAGUCUGAAAAACAAAGCUGGACUCGAUUUGCGUACUAAGGGGAACAGAUUUGAAUGA